AUGUCUAAAAUCAAUUGGGGAAUUCUUGGAGCAGGUAACAUCUCUAGUUCCUUUGUUCACGAUUUGGUUUUGAAUAAUUCUAGGAAUGAAAAAAUCACUCACAUUGUUAGGUCCAUUGGUACAUCCUCUAUUCCAAAGGGAGAGGAAUUUGUCAAACAAAAUGUGAAGUCUAUCUCUGAUAAUGAUGGUGUGACACCGCAAGUUCAGGUGUACAAUGAUUUUUUCCAGAACAAAGAUAUUGAUGUAGUCUAUAUAGGUACCCCACAUCCAUUCCAUAAGAAGCAAGCACUCCAAGCAAUUGAGAACGGACUUCAUGUCUUAUGUGAAAAGCCUGUUACUGUAACUGAAGACAGCGCAAAAGAAUUGAUUGAAGCUGCUAAGAAGAAGGGCGUCUUCUUUAUGGAAGCAGUUUGGACCAGAUUCUUCCCCUCUGUUCAGUUAUUGAAGAAACUAAUCUUUGAAGAGAAGGCUCUCGGUGAUAUUAAGAGGUUAAUGAUGGAUUUUGCUUUUGACGCCGAUUUAGAAAAUGUACCAGCUACUUCCAGAAUCAGAGAUAAAAACUUGGCUGGAGGUGCCUUGUUGGACAUUGGGGUGUACAAUCUUACAUAUUCCAGAAUUCUCUUGGAUGAUAAAUUAGGUAAGGAAGCGGAACCAUUUGAAGUGAAAUCUUUCCAGACUAUUGAUCCCACCGAUGGAGUAGAUUAUGUAAGUUCAUUUCUCUUGAAGUAUAAAAACGGAAAGCACGCCAUCUUAACUUGUUCCAAUUGGUCUGAUGUGGACGGCCCUUACUUAACCUUGGAAGGCACCAAGGCCAAGUUGCAGAUGUGGUCUCCCAAUCCCGCUUGUCCUAAAAAGCUCAAGGUCACAUUUAAGGAUAAAUCGAAGCAACCAAUUGAAUACGAGGAUACCUCUGGUUACAACGGAUUUAUUUACGAAGCAAAUGCUGUUGCUGAAGACAUAUUUAAGGGUAACUUACAAAACGAAACUAUGCCUUGGGACGAGACUUUACUAGUUAUGAGAGUAAUGGAUAACAUUAGAAAAGAAGGUGGAUUGGUUUAUCCAGAUAUUGAGUAA